AUGAAGUGGCGGGCCUGGUUCCUGAUUCCAAUACUUGGACUGGUCGGAAGGUUGGGGAAAGCAGACACGCAGACGGGUACAGCUCAAAAUCAACCAUGCUUUACGUUAUCUUCCCCACCAACAACAGCUACAUCAUGUCAGCAUGGACUUUUGCUAUCCCCAGGUAUACAGAAACACUCCUCUCUACUCACUCCCGUGCAAUCAGUUGUGGAUAGGCUUUGCAUACCGAAUUCGCCUGCUACAGUUAAAUUUUGUAAAUACAUGGAAACCCGUCAUAUAAAAAUAGAAAAAACAUUGACACAUCAUGUAAAUAAAAGGCAAUCGUCUGGUUAUAAACUAAUAUUGGGUAAACGUGGCAACAAAAAAGAAGUAAACACUGAGAGUAAGUCAAAUUCGAGAGCUUAUGCAAAGUAUCAUGUGAGUGGACGCAAGGAUAGGCGAAAGAGAAGAGAAAAAAGGCUUUAUGCAGACCGUUCGACUAUUGGAGUGGUUAGGAUCUGUACUGGCAGAAAAAAACCCGCUCGAUCGACUCCAUCUCCAACAGUUUCUGGUCCGCUGGCGGAUAAUGUUGAUGUUACAAACGUAACGGAUACAAGGACUGUGGAAACUUUUGUGGGUUUGGAAAGACGACUGGAUGCUGAUGGGAUGCUGCCACUACCACCACCGCCACCAAUACCCGGGAACAUGCAAUACGUCUAUGACAAAUAUGCUGACUUGCUACCAUCUCGACCAGAGUCUAUAUACUCUGCAGGAACCGCUUCUACGGGACUUUAUAGAAAAGCAAGAGGCGACAGAGUAGAUGUAGUAGACAGAAGAAUGAUGGUAAACAAAGCCGACAAUUAUGUAGGCAGGGUAGGAGCAGACAGAAGAAUGAUGGUAAACAAAGUCGACAAUUAUUUAGGCAGGGUAGAAGCAGACAGAAGAAUGAUGGUAAACAAAGUCAAUAAUUAUUUGGCUAGUCCAAAUAACUAUCAAAAAAAAGUUCGCGGUAAUAGUGGUAAUAGUGGUAAUAGUAGUAAUAUUCGUAUCGGCGUUACAGUGGUAGAUCCUACCAGAAAGCAAUAUUAUUCUGACGCUCGCAAUUACAACAGCAACAAUCUCAUGCCUUAUGAUAAUCGUGCUGCGCAAAUGACAAGGUUUCCAAAACAAGCAUAUAUUCCACAAGCGACAUUUGGACGUGGAAGAAACAGUUGGGGACGCAAUUGGGUUUAG